AUGCUCGACAAGUGCGACUAUCUCGAUGAUCUCAUCCACAAAACGUGCCAGCACUUUCCCUCCAUGACCGCCAGCGAGACUGAAGUCCGAAACGCCCUCAAUCAGGUCGACAGCCUUCUCAAGGAAAACCCGUGCCCGUACUUUGGGCAUGGGGUCGAAAAGCGGACCAUGCCCACCAUCGUUGUCAAAGAUCACCUCCCGGCAUUCACGCUCGCGUUGGCCGUGUAUUUUCGGCUGGCGAGGAGUCUGCGCUUGGUGAUGGCUCCUAUCUCUAUCCGUUUGGAGGAUGGGAGAAGCUUUGGAAUUGCCUACUCUGGGAACCCUAUUGAUUUGGUCGAGGAGGAAUUCCAGUGGUGCACGAACGUCAUCGAUAUUUAG